UAUACAUACAUAUAUAUUUGGUGAAUGCUCAUUUGGUAGCUCCAUUUUAAUUAACACAUUCAUGGCAUCUGCAGUUGUUACAUCAUUGCCUGGCCAGCAACCGAUAGAACAACCUAUUAAUGAUAUUCCACAGGCAGCUGUUUCGUCAACUGGUAGCAAUGCAAAUUGGCAUUCUUCAUCAGGGUCUAUCGGGCCAUUCUUUGGAGUUAUUUCUGUUCUUACAGUUCUCGCAAUUCUUUCUUGCAUUUUGGGUAGAGUAUGCAGUCGUAGGGCAGAGGCAGCGGUCGGAGGAGGAGGCCCAGUUGGCGCCAUCAAGCAUAGAGAUUACUUCGGGUGGAUGAAGAGGAAGAGCCGAUGGUGCAGGGGUGGAGAUGUUGAGGUCGGAGCUAAAGUUAUGGCUCUUGAUCAAGAAAAACAAGAUUGUAAGGCUCAACCUUGAUUAUAUUACUGCCCUUUUAUCAUUUUUACUGAUGUGAAUGGAGGGCGUUAUCUCUUCAUUGGUGGUUAUUGUUGGGGUUUCAAAGGGGAAAAAGUCAGUACCUUUACAGCAAUCGAUUUGUAAAGAACAUUUAUGUAUUAAUUAAAUAUCUCACAAGUCUUAGCCCA